AUGCCCGUCUCCCACAUUGGUCUCACGGUAUCGCAUCUUCCAACGUCAACGUCAUUCUUUCUCUCUGCGCUUCAACCACUGGGCUACCGCUACAUUGGCCAAUUUGGCAACCAAAUUGGUCUCGGAAUUCAUGAUGCCGAUUUCUAUCUCUGCCAAGAAACGUCUGGUGUAAGGGCCGGCGCAGCACACAUCGCAUUCACCGCACCUAGCACGACUGCGGUCCGGAACUUCUAUACCGCUGCACUAACUGCCGGCGGACGUCCCAAUGGGUCACCGGGUUCUCGUUGCGCGGAAGACGGUCACUUCAAUGCCGCAGUUCUGGACUUUGACGGAAACAGCAUCGAGGUCGUCUACCGAAAUGGACCAGACAUGAGAAACGAUGGUACCAUUAUCGAACACAGCCGGGUCAUCACGUGGUCGAGGACAGUUUCGCAGAGCUUCCGGGAAAGCCCGAGUAUUUUCAGUGCCCACACGUGUGCUUCGAGAGCUGGCGCAACACCAAUGGCACCACCGGCCGAAUCAGCUGUUCCGAAGCCACCGACUGUAGCCAGAAGCGCCUCUGCACCCACUGUCGCUCCUGUUCCCGAAACGACGACGAAAUCCGACUCCAGCAGUGGGGCGGCCACGCACAUCCUCGGAACAUUACUUGGAGCUGCUGCAGGUGCAGCCGUCACAUAUGCAUUCAUGCGGAGCGAAAAAGAUAGUGCGAAGAAAGAGGCGGAUUUCAGCGCCUUCAUGGACGCCAAAAACGCGGUCAACACUGCGGCUGGCUUCUUCGCUCAGGCCUCAUCCCAACCCCCGACACCCCAGCAGGACCCACAACCCGCGCAACCACCUGUCGAGACCGCUGCACCGCCAACUCCUGCUCAGCCAGUAGUACCAGUAGCACGCCGCAUUGAAGACGACGCGCAAUCAUCCUAUUCGCGCGCUUCCCAGAUCCCUAGGACUUCUGUGCCACGACAAAUCGAGGCUGCGCCCGCUAGCUACUACUCACCGUCUCAGUUUGAGGCUCCUCGCACGCAGAUCGCAGAGCCACUCGCGAUCGAAUAUGCCCCUGCAUACUCUACUGCCCCGUCAAGGGCUCCUUCGAGGCUCACGGCAGCUCACCGCUCCAAUACCAGCCCUGAGUUGCUGAUGAUUGAAAGGGCAAGAAGCACUGUCUCCACUGCAACAACGUCCAAGCCUCCGCGACCAUCGUCCAAGCCUCAAAGUGUAGUCUCGAAAGCACAUAGCGCAGCUCCUAGUUCUUUCAUCUCAUCGUUCGUGGCAGAUCGUGCUGACGAUGAUGACAAGAGUAGCUCGGGCAGAUCAAAGGCCAGGUCCUCUCACACUUCAUCUUCGAAACAUAGCUCGCACAAAGAGCACAGUAGUAGCAGUCGCAAGGAGCGUAGCUCCUCGCCUUCUCCACCAGCCCCUGCAUCGAAGGCUCCAUCAAAGGCCCCCACCAAGGUUGCAUCCAAGGCUGCUUCCAUUGUUAGCAGCAUCCUAGGCCGUGACAAGUCCAAGCACGAUGAUGACGACGACGACUUCAUCGACGACCUUGACAUUGAAGAAGUAAGCGAGGACGAUCUUGACACUGUCGUUCCCAGCGACAGUAUCUCUCAGAUCGGCGAUGGUCCACGACGCAGGCACCGUUCCCACCGCAGCCAUAAGUCUAAGAAGGACGACGACGCUGAGACAUCCGUGAGCCAUCGCAGCAAGAAGCAUAGCGAUGACAAAGAUUCGUCUCGUAGUAAGAAGCACGACGAUGACAAAGAGUCGUCCCGCAGUAAAAAGCAUGACGAUGACAACGAGUCGUCCAUCAGCAAGUCAUCAAAACGCUCUCACCGCUCUCACCGCUCGCGGAAGACAUCCGCCGACUCCGCCGACGAUGAGGACUCAUCACGCCCUCACCGGUCCUCGCGGUCCUCCAAGUCCAAACCAUCUAUCAUCUCUGAACCUAGUGAGGUAUCAACUGUCCGACCUGUAAAGCCUUCCAAGACAUCAAGAAAGGAUAGUCUGACCCAAGGCCAGUACGACAAUCUUUUUGACGAAGUGCAAUAUGGAACCGGUGGUGUCCACGCCUCAAGACACCCUCCUACACCCAGCAUGGUUAGUGCGGCACGCAAGAAUCCCAUUCGCAGCAUGAUCAACCACAACCAUGCAACCAGGAUGAGGAACUUUGAAGGAAGCCAGGCUGGACGGGCAAGGGAUGAUAGUGAUUAG